AUCGAUGCGAAAUCGAUUGAUAGUUACGAAUUGACUAAUAGAAACGUUUAAUAGUCCAUCGUUUGCAAGAAAAAUGGGAAAACCAUAUGCGAAUCAAGGCUCCACGUAGUUAGCCCCUCAUCUAUAACGGAUUUGAAUUAUUUUUUUUGCAAUCGUUUGUAGGUCGUUUGUAAGUGUUUGAUAUUGCAUCCACGACGUUUGAUAGUCCAUCAUUUAUUUAUAAUAUUAAAAUUAAUUUUCUAGGGAAUUUUUCUUUAUGUUAGCCCCUCAUUCAAAUAUUUUAUAAACUAAUCGUGUUUUGCUCAUAUGCAAUCGUUUGUAGGUCGUUUGUAGGUACUUUAUAUGUCAUUUCGAUUUUGAUUUUCUGAAAAAACUAUUGACUAUCAAACAUUUUUACAAGACUAUCAAACACUAUCAAACGACUAUCAAACGAUUGGAAUAAAAAAAAGUUUAAAAAAUAAAAGUUGGCCGACCAACUUCACGCAAGUAAGAAGUCGGCACGUAAUAUAUUAGGUUCGACGUUAAAUGACAGAAGUAUCUAAUUAGCUGUGAUUAAUCAGGGCAAGAAAACUAAAAAAGAAGCGUGACUGGAAGGAAAGGAAUACUAAUGUCUAAGAGAAUGGCGAAUACCGUUACUUCUAGAAAUAGGGAGGACGACGUUCUUGAAUGCUUUUUGUAUCCAAAAUUUUGUUAUGAUCCAAAUUCCGAGCAGGUGACUGAGACAACCCUUUUUGAGGAGAUUGAAAAGUAUAAAAAGGAAAUUGCAAAGUAUACAGAUAAUUAUAUCUGGCACAGGGAUCCACUUGUGUUUUGUCCAAAGACCAAAAGAGGAAUCUUAUUAGAGAAAGUUCUUGAAGGAUUUACCAGCUCCGAAGAAUCUCAGAUUCCACCUCAUAUCUUUGCCAGAUUGUGUUACGAUGAAGAUGUUGGAGAUGAAUGGUUCACUGUUUUUCUGGUGUUCAAACUUACUCAAACUUUUGAUGGUUUAAUUGCUAGACUGGUGGAUGCUGAUGGCGAGUUUUUAUUAAUAGAAGCUGCAAAUGUUCUGCCACCAUGGGCUGAUCCUGAAACUUGUCAAGAUCGUGUAUUCAUUCGCGAUGGAGCUAUUCAUGCCAUUAAAGACAGAAAGAAAUCUCUUAUAGAACUGUUAAAAAUUGUUAACGAAAGACCACAAGUUACCAAAAUGUCAGACCAAGUUCAAGCUGCCAUUAAGAAACGACUUGAAGUUUAUCCUGAUGAAAUUGAAAAAAGAAAGCAUAAAGCCAGAGCUUAUUUACCAGAGAAAGCGGCAUCAAUUCUACAUCAAGAACCUGGUUUAAUAUCAUCUGCCAUCAGAACAAUAUGUCACUCAGAUCCAUUUGAGCGAAAGGUUUGUAGAGCAAUGAGAUAUUUUCCACCAGAACAACGUAUAAUGGUCAAUGUGAAGAUGACUAAAUGUUUAUACGCCAUGGCUACUCAUUGCCGCUAUACCGGAGAUCCGCGAACAGGUUGGAACUUACCACCAACAAAUAGUUCCAAUUAUAAUGCACAUUUGCUAGGAGUGAAAAUAGCAUGCGGUUUAGAAUUGUUAGUAGCAAGUGCUAACGACGAAUAUAGGCGAAAAGGUGGAGAAAAAAUGGACAUUGAUAAUGAUUUGGAAUGGGACUUUCAAGAAGUUGCUUGGAAAGUAUAUCUUAAGAAAUUGGAAUCCAGUGGUUACUUUAAAGAUCUAUUAGAAGGAAGCCAGGAACGUGAUAAGCUUCUACGGUCUGCAAGGUAUUAUUUUCUGGAACAUUCAAAUGUUGCCAACUCCUUAAUACUACAGAGCGAAAGCGAUGCCCACAGAGUUUUGACAGCUUGGAAAAAUGUUCAGACUUGUGAUAUCGAGAUGCAAGCUCAGGAUGAGGCAUCACUAAGUCCUGCAGACAGUGAUAGUUGGUUGAAUGUUGACCCAGCACAGUUAGAAAUGAUGUUGGGUCAGCACUAUGGUGGAAGUGAUAAAAAACGCAACCAGGAACCCUUAGGACUUCGUGAAAAAGUCCAAUCUUUUCUCAAUCAGAAAAGUGACAUAGAUGGUGUUCAAUUUCAAGGAGACUUGGGUGAGAACGAAGACAUGAAAACCACUCCAGAAGAGCACGGUCGGAUAGACUUUGACUCGGAUGUCUUUGACAGUAGCUUGAGGGACAUUUUAGAUCUUGUUGUACCUGGUAGUGACAGUGAAUUUGAGGGUAGCUCAGAAGGUUCUUUAGGAGGUGACGACGAAGACAGAGGAGGCGAAUUUGACAAUCACAUGCGUCUCCUCGAUUCUCAGCUUCAGCGGGAAUUAAAGGACGGUUACGCAGAAAAGAAAAACGUUGAUACAAUAGAAGCUAACCUCAAAGAGAGCAUCGAGGAAGAAGCUGGUGGUUCCGGACCAGCUGGCAACAUAAUUGGCGGUCCUAUCAGACGUCUGAUGCAUCUCCAACUUCAAUCGCCAACGACUGUACCACCUGAUCUACAAAGCUAAUAAGUGCAUCGAAGAUACUACAAUGAUAAACUAAAGCUGGAGAUUCUUUUAUGCUUCUAAGCAAGGGUCAGCUUAAAUAGAACAUCAUAUCCAGUCUCACGAUAGAACUAAAUGAGACUGAUAUGUUGAUUAUUUUAAAGCAGCUGGCUUUUGUCCAUUAAUUUUAAGAAUCGUCAUACAAUGAUUGCAAACUAAGAUAUAAGAAAUACGUCUAUUCCACA